CAGUACCAAAAUGCUUUUAAGGGCUAUGCAACAUUCUGUAACUAGGGGGGCAUCCAACAGCUACUGCGUCCUCCCACGUAUCCUUGGUGCUAAGAAUCGACGACGCUUACCUCCAAACCACCCUACAUUUCAGCCGCGAGCACCGAUAGCAUGCAGUGCUGAAGCAGACCCAUAUAGCAAUCCGGCAUUAUACACCAGCGAUGAUGCGUUCUCCCUUUCCACCUACUGGGAUGCUCGCUACCUGCGUGAGGGCGGCGCGCCCUUCGAGUGGUACCGAGACUACGGCAGCCUAGAGCCCGUACUCAGCAGGCACCUGGACAAGUCGCAGCGGCUGCUGCAUGUGGGAGUGGGCACUUCGCGCAUCCAGUUCCAAAUGCACCACGACGGGUACCGGGACAUCGUCAAUGUGGACUACGCGCCCUCCUGCAUCCAACAGCUCGCAGCCCUGCACGCCGGCCUGCCCGGUCUGUCGUACGAAGUCGCAGAUUGCCGUACAAUGCCGCAGUACGGCGACGGCAGCUUUGGAGGCGUGCUGGACAAGGGCACACUGGAUGCGCUGCUGUGCGGCGACAGCGAUGAAGCGGAUUCGCUGGCCAUGCUGAAAGAAUGCCACCGGGUGCUGACCCAUGGGUCACCUUACAUCUGCGUUACCUACGCGCCCCCACGCACGCGGUUACGCUAUCUGCAGCGGCCUGGGCUGGACUGGGAUGUGUCGUUUUACGAGGUGGGGCAGCAGGGCCGGCGGGAGGGGCCGGUGGCGGUACGGGAAGGUACGGCAGAGGAGCUGGCGACGUACCCGAGGCAGGUGUACUCGCACUUUGUGUACGUGUGCACUCGGCAGUGAUGCAUGGGGGCUAGGAGGAAUGGUGUAUAGCCAAUACUUCGACGUACAGCGUGACCUCUGGAGCAGUUUACGAUGAAUGCUGACUUUGGCGAGCUGGGCUGUCGAGUAGACGGUAGUGCAUUGCCGUACGGUAGUUAUUAUGCUGCGCAGCCUACUCAGCCUACGCUUCUUGAGCCCUGUUACACGCUCCCAAGCGCUGUUACCUUCCGCUGGUUUUAAAGCCACGUGAGCCUUUGCCCCCCAUGUGGGCAGUGUAGGAAAGCACGGUGUCGCCUAGAGGCCCUGCCACCCUCACUAGGGUCACUACGGCGGCGGGAGUCAUGCUGCGUGCCGCUGAUUGCGCAAAAACAAGGCCUUUUGGCCGUACUUCCGACGCGGUAGUCCCAGAUCUGCUGCUAUGCAGGUUCUUAAUAUAAUAGCAUAGCGCCUAUGUAUUUGCUGGUUCCUUGUAUGCCAGCCCCGACCCAAAUGGCUGGUGAUGUCGAAGGGCGGCGGGCCCACGGGACUUCAAAGCUAGUCAAUGCAGCUGCCCGGGGGUGAUGCCAGACGACGGACGUUUACACAGGGAUCUUCGCCGCUCUUUGCUUCAACUUGUAUGCGUUACAUGUACCGGUGCAUGAUACCAGCUUGUACGGCAAUUCGGAGCACUGGCGUGUCUGCUAAAAUUGGUCGGGGUCGGGGAUGAUAGGAAGUCGGCACCCUCGGCAGAUACCCAGCACGGCGGGGCGUGGCAAGUUGCUACUGCAUAGACUGAUAGACGUC